AUGAAUUUCGCUAAAUGCUGCACUGAUUUUUCCUGUUCCAGAAUGCCGCUGUUUGGGAAAAAGAAAUUCGAUGAGAAGAUCACAAAGAAGUACACUUUUCAUGACGUGCUCGGAACGUAAGUGGCCUCACAAGUUAUCUUCCCUUCUGACAGAUGAAUUGACACAUGCACGAAGCUCUAAGAACUUGUUUUAGCGAGAAGCGCGGCUUGUAUUUAGAUAAUUUGCCUCAAACUCUCGUGCGCAAAUUUCAGUGAAUUCUAAUUGUAUUCGUGUGUAGUUCAUUAACAUUUGCGAAAUCUCUUUAUUCUAUCUCACAGUGGUGCGUUUUCUGAAGUUUUCAUGGCUGAAGAGAAGGCUACCGGUAAGUUAUAUGCUGUAAAGUGCAUCGCCAAGAGGAAACUUUCCGGCAAGGAAGAGGCAAUAGAGAACGAAAUUGCUAUCUUGAAGAAGUAAGUCAAUUAGUAAUAUAAAACAGUUCUUGUUUUUGUCGUGAUUCGCGUAACGCCUGUCCAGUCAGCCAGAAAAGGAUGUUUUCACGAUCGAAAGGCGUGUUGUUUUCUGUCUGUUAUUCUGUAAGCUGUUCUUUGCGCAGUAAGAUCACUCAUGUUCGUCCAUUUUAUUUUGUCUGCAGGGUGAACCAUCCAAACAUAAUUAAACUUUGGGAAAUAUUCGACAACAAAACACAUCUUCAUCUAGUGAUGGAUUUGUAAGUAAUUCACUUUAAGCUUGUAGCGCUGCAAAAAUCUAUCUCGUAAUGUUCUGCUUUCGCUUCAAGUUCAUAAUUUUAUCGUGCUAUCUAGGCCGUAGAAUUCAGUGAAUGAUCAGUUAUUGUAUGAUAUAAAUUGCGUUAAAAAGCACGGCCGAUGAAGGAUUUAACCAGCAUGGUGUUGCAUAAAUAAGGAAAGACGAAAACAGUCUGUCGUGACACAUACGGAAAGUUACACUUGAAAGGAACAUUCGACGCAGAAAUGGAUUCUUUCUUGAUAUGACCGAAGUGUUAUGUUGACUUAAUGAAAUCAUUAGGGUAGUUCCUUUAUUUACGCGGUUGUUGCAAAUGUUCUCGUGAUGGAAAAUAAAAUGGUGUUAUCUGACGUAUGGGGUUUAAAAGGUGUUAUCGUUUCGGCAUUGGAUAUUUUUAACCUGACACCUUCUAGAUCUGCCCGCGUAUCAAAUAUCGAGGUUUUCUACCUGCACAGAAAUUGAAAUUUCAAUGUUAAGAAUCAAAUGAACGCCUCUUUGGCUACCAAGAUCUAUUCAUCUUUUGAGUUAAGUUCAUUUCCCAUUGUUUUUGUGCCGUGAAAAGUGAAUAUCGUCAAGUCUCGAGGGACCAUCGUUAAUAAGUAGUUAAUUUAACUUGGAAAGAAUGAAAAGCUCCGAACUGUGGCAACAAGACUUAUGUAAACAGACGAAAAUUCUAAAAUCCAACAGCUUUUGGUUGUCUCCUAUCCAGUUUAAUAUUCUCACAAUUACUCGUUUGAAAAUUAUGCCUACGUGAGACCUUUCACGAAUCGAUGAUAAAUCCAUCGAUGGUAUUUUGACUUAUCUUGCGGAGCGAUCGCUCGAGUGAGGAAAUGUCGUAGAUGUCCGCACUUUUUUUUUUCCUUACGAAAUUUAAGACAACAGGAAAAUGGACGGUAAUGGUUCGAAUUUGCCUUUGCACGAACCAAAAUUUAAUGCGUAUGCAAAUGCUGAUCUUUGUGUAGUUGUAAAAUAUAAUUCAGUUCUCAUUAAACAGUUAACGAUGUGAAUUAAAAAAGGCGGCGAAAAGACCUGUAAAAGCAAAGAGGGCAAACCGGAAAAAUAAUUGUUUUUCUCGUUCUUCACAGCGCCGAAAAAAUCUUUACAUUUUUAGCGCUUUCCUUAAAAUCACUUAUCAUAUUAGACAUUAUUUUCAAGGUGUAAAAAAUACAUUAGUAUUCAAGUUCAACCAGCUGUUGUUGGUUCACCGCACAACAGCUGUUAAACACGACUCGUUAAUUUGUACAGAUUGUGAAUAAUGGCAAUGGAGUAAAUACUUCUGAUUGGAAAUAAUUAUGGUUUCUUAUCUAUGACGACAACUGACCAGAAUUCUGCUUUUCAAUAAAUAUUUUAAUCAGGUGUAAAAUAAUUUUACUUCAAUACAGCAGAAAUGAAUUUGUUUGCCCAAGAGUUGAUGGUGUGAUUUUCAUUACUUGAGAUAAAAUUCAUCUUUGAAAUUGUAUUGUUAACUACACAGUCAAUCUAAAGUUUUAAUUUUUCAUGUAGAGGUGUACGCAUGAAAAAGAAUAUCAAAGAUUCAAACAGCUGCAGAUGUGCAACAACUUCCUGUCAACAAAUAGGAGGAUGUGGGAUGGGGAAGUCAAAGGUUGAUGGGGGGGGGGGAGGGUGGUGGUAUAAUUUGUAACCAUUGUUCUCUUAAUAUGUUUCUAUAUAUUUCAAGGUUACAUAGCAACUGAAAAUAUUCUGUCCCAUAAACUUAUUUUAGAAAUUGAGGAAAAACAUGUUUUUACGGGAAUCAUUUUUUUGUUGUAAAAAGUACUAGAUUUAAAGGGAGAAUUCUGGGAAGUCAAGUUUGGUGUGGAGUCCUUUAUUUUAUUAGUGCAAUGAGAGGCGGAUGAAGGAGAGGUGUGAGGGUGCAUAAGUGCAUUGGAAUGACAGAGAUAUUUCUGAUUGUUCAGAAAGUGCCUUUACCAAACCUUCCUGUGAGAGCUGUUUUUCUCAGUCUUCCCCCCACCUCAGUCCUCUGGAAAUUCUAGAAUUUUAGUGAACACUCCUUACGAAAGAUGAAGUGUACAUUACUCAGCAAACUGGUAAUAAGAAUGCCCAAACAAAGAACUUGUCAUCUUGAUCUAACACCAAAUUCUUGAAACUAAUUUAUGGGGAAAUGUGUAGCCAGUAGAGGGCAAAGAAACCUGGGCUAUAAGAGUAUUACUGUGAUUGAAUGUGCAUAGGAUAUUAUACAACUUCCUUUAAUUUAUUUAUAUGUAUAUGCUUUUGUGUUAGGGUUCAAGGGGGAGAACUGUUUGACCGCAUAGUUGAGAAAGGUAGCUAUACAGAACAGGACGCAAGCGACCUUAUAAAACAGAUUCUGGAAGCUGUAGAUUAUUUACAUGGUCAGGGGAUUGUGCACAGAGAUUUGAAGGUUAGUAGUAAUAACAAGGAAAAAUAAUUUGGGUUUAACCCUUCAACCCUUAAGAGUGACUGGCAUCUAAUUUCUCCACACCAUAUCACUCCUGAAUCAAACAUUAAGCUCAGGAGAAUAAAGGAGCUGAUCACCGACUAAAUAAGCUCUUGAUUGUUAGACAAAUUCUCCAUGUUGGCAUCUCAAGAAAUGUCUGGAGAACAGUAUGGAGAAUAUGCAUACUGAUGUUAGGGUGUAAUGGGUUUAAAAAGAUAUGAAAUGAGCUGAUAUCAGUAAAAAAUGAAUAGGAUUUAGCACUGACAUGUUCAGAGAAUGUUUCUCCUUUUGGAAAUAACAUGUAAUUAUAGAUUGAGUGUGCUUUAUCUGUGGAGGAAGGAAAACAGGGCAAACCAGAUAACCUUUUGACCCCAAAAGAGUGACUAGCAUCUAAUUUCUCCUUACAAUAUCACCCCUGAAUCACACAUGAAGGUCAAAAAAAUAUAGGAUUUAAUCACCAGCUAAAGAAGCCCUUGAUUGUUAAACAAAUUCUCUAAGACAAUGCCUUUGGAAAUGUACAGAGAACAGUAUGGAGAAUUUGCAUACUGAGGUGUAUUUAAGGGUUAAACCAACCCUCACAACAAGGAUUAAACCUGACAACUACAAUAAUAUAAUUCAACCUGCACGUCCCAGAUGCUAUGUUAGAGAAUUGACCGAGGAUCAUAACAAGGGUUACAACCUCUGGAAUUAUUAAAUCUGGACACCAUUACAAAUUUUUUUUGUAUUUUUAGGAAUUGGAGUGCAGGAGAUUCUAAAGAGACUUUCAUAUAAACUAAGAGAGUUGACCUAUACAUUCAGUAUUUCCAAAUUCUUUUGUUGCAACAUUAUUUGUGUUAUAGAUGGUGUAUCAGAAAUUUUUAACCACAACUAUUGUCAAUGAAGAUUCUCUCAAUGCCCGCAAUGUUUUCAUUUUGUUUUUUGUUUUUCUUCCUUGUUUUGUUUUGUUUUUUGAACUGUCUCACCAACUGCAUUUGCUUGCUUACAUGGAAACAUCAACAAGAGUUUCAUAACUGCUUUACCUCUGUGGUUAAAGAAGAUUUACCAAAUUAGAUUAAGCUUACACAGUAGUUCUGGAACCUGAAACAUUUUUAUAUCACAGAAGUAUCAUGCUGCUUACAAACUAAAUGAGAUACAUCAUUGUUAUUGUGCUAAACAGCAGGUGGUUGUUUUUUUUAUUUAAGGGCUAACCUUCAAGCUGAGUUUAUAUUAGCUCAGUUAAAUUAAUUAAGUUUUUUUCCUUUUCUGGUUUGUAUUUUCACUGAAUUAGCUUUUUCACCAAAGGCAAGGUUUAACCCUUUCACUCCCAAGAUCUGAUUAGUAAUUCUCCUUACUAUCUGCCAUACAACUCUUAUGAUGUUAGUUCAGAGAAUUUGGUCUUGGAUCAACUAAUUAUCCCACGAUUGAUAUUCUUCUCUAUUCUCAUCACCUGCCUGCUUGAUAUUGUAUUGAUAUUGUAAGGAGAAAUUCUGUCUUGGUCACUUGUGGGAGUGAAAGGUUUUAACAUUGAUGGAACUUUUUCCUCUAUUCAAAUGAAAGCAGUAGGCUUCCCUUUGGGUAGGAAAGUUUUGGAAUCUAAUUGAGUUCUUCAUAAUUUCAUACUUAAGGAAAUUAAGAACAUGACUAGUAGACAUAAGAUAAAACUUUUUAAACAAGGUUGUUGUUUGUGUGGUGAUUCUUAUCACCAGCCUUGGCAAUAAAAAUUAUGAAUACUGCUAGGGGCUUCAUGCUAUGGAAACUGGUCAAAUUUCUGGUUGUGUGGGCUCAAAUUAAAUGGAAAUUUGCAGACCUUAAAGAUGAACAUUAUUUUUAGGAGGAAUGUUGUUCAUGAAACAUUUUCUAUUAUAAAGAUGAAGUAUCAUUCAUUUGCAAAGACUACACUCACUCAUCAAUGAUACCUAGUAAUUGUUAUUGUUUACAAAAAUACCAACACUUCAAACAUGACCUUGUGCAUUAUUCUAUCAAUCAAUCAAUCAAUCUUUAUUUAACCCUCUUUAAAACUCCCAAGAUCUUAUUGUUAAUUCUCUUCUUCAGCUGCUACACAUUUCACUGUAAAUUGGUCACAAGAAUUUGGUGUUAAAUCUAGAUAAUAUCUUGUUACCUGAUAAGUUUGAAUAAUCUCCCAACCUGUUUGCUGGAUAAUGUAAGGAUACUCUAGGGAGAAUUUAUAUGUUAAUCACUUCUGGGAGUUAAAGGGUUAAAGAGGGUGACACUUAGUAGUUAAAAACUAAUGAACUUGUGGCCCUCUAUAAACAUCGUUACAAUUAAAAAAAAAAAAAACCUUUCAUAUAUAAUUAAUAACCUAAUUAACUAUGUAAACACGGAAACCAUUUUAGCUUACCAUUUACAAGAGGAAUAAAAAUCUUAUCCCUAUGCUGACUUAAUUUAAAAUGUUUAUACAAAGCAUUCUUCGAAUUAUUUACAGAUUGAGAGGUGCAUAGCUUAAGGGGGAGGUGAUUCCAGCUUCUUGAGGUUGUUACUGAAAAUGUACAGCCUCUGCAAGGAAGCCUCUGAGUAGGGAUGAGUACAUUAAUGAACAAAAAGCAAAUGAAAUAACAGCAAUGUUACAAGUGGUAUUAAUUUAUAAUAUUUUUAGGGAGGUUAGGAGGUCAUCAAUUUACAUUCUCAAUGAAGAACUGUUGCUCUUGUUAAAUUUUAAAAUUAUUUUUCAAUUGCAGCCUGAAAAUCUUCUUUACUACAGGUAAGCUUGCAUACCCUAAACCAAACAUUUAAAUAAUUGACUGAAGUUAUUCAUAGGUUUUUUUGCUAAUUUGAUUAUUUCUGUAAUAUCAGUCUUGCGUUUGCUGAAUACCUUCUUUUCAGCUCACUAAAACAACUUUAUGAUUUGCGCUAAGUUUGUUACAUGCAAGUUCACAUGGAUUGUUUUGUCUAUCCUACAGUCCUGACGAUGACUCCAAAAUAAUGAUCAGUGAUUUUGGCCUGUCCAAGACAGAAGAAGAUGAUAGCAUGAUGGCAACUGCCUGUGGAACCCCAGGAUAUGUUGGUAGGUGCAUGAAGUUUGAAUCAAUUACUAUAUUGUUGUAGAAAAUGUUUUUGUUUAUUGUGGUUUUAAAGAUAAGUGAAGGUUUAAUCAUUUGUCUCAUGAUGCAAGAGUUAGGCUAAUCAAUCAUGGAUUGGUUGCAAAAUUUGGACUGCUUAUACUGCCAGUCUUCCUUGGGCAUCUAUGUUGUGAAAAUUUUUAGGGGUCUUUUGAUUUUGAUGGACUUUGUAUUUUAGGACUUUCCAAUGACCACAAAAAUCUCAUUAACAGACUGCAAAAUCCAAAGGAUUUGUUUUUUUCAUGUUUAGAAUCUUGAAUGAAUCCUUACUGUUUUCCAGCAAGGCAUUUUGAUUAAGGAAAGCAACAUUGAAACAAAGUGUAACCUUACUGUUGUCAGAUCUGGAAAGGACCCAUCACUGAGGAGAACAGCAUAAAGUUAUCCACAGUGGAAAAAAUUCUUUCUCAAUCUUGUCCACUUCUGAGCCUUUUAAAAAUCGCGUUACAGACCCCACCCCAAAAACAACUGAUUUAUGAUAACCUUCCCUUGAAAACCCAAGAAGCAUGGCAGUGAGUCUAACACCUGGGCUAUUGCAAUGGGAUAUUAAAUUAAAAAUGCUUUCUGUUCUCUGCUUGAUAGUUUUAAGGCAGAAGGGUUUUGAAGUGUGUUGCUGAUAUAUUUCAUGGGUUCCUUUCAACUUUCUACAUAUAUUUUUGUUUGUAAAUGUGAAGAAUAUUAAGACUGGAGUGUAAGUGUACUUGAUUUCGGAUUUAGUUGGAGUUGAUUUUUUUUCUUUUAGCCCCUGAAGUUCUCAAACAGAAACCUUAUGGAAAAGCAGUAGAUUGUUGGGCUGUUGGAGUAAUUUGCUAUAUUUUGUAAGUUCAUUUUAUUAUUAUUGUAAGUUAUAAUGAUGAUUAUUUUUUUAAGGAGAUGGUCUUUUUAUCAGCACUCUCGAAUCCAGGCUGAGAAGUCUGGGUUCAAGCUACUGUAUCUGUCUUACAGAAACCACCCCUUCCCCUGUCCACCUUUAUGCUGGUAAGUUGUCUGGGAAACCUGGCAAUGUCCCUUGCAGUGGAUUACCAUCCCUUCGGGGGAAGGGUAAUAUUCCCUAUCACUUCAUGCCACAGAAAGUCAGAUCAGGUACUGAGAUGUAGGCCUCAGGUUUGAGUGCAGAUUUUACCAUCAACUUAUUUAUUUUCAAAGAAAGAUAUGCUUAAAUUUGAAGCAAACUUAUCCAAUAAGACAACUUAUGUAAUGUUUGCAGACUUUGUGGUUAUCCUCCAUUCUAUGAUGAAAGUGAUGCAAACCUCUUUGCACAGAUCAUGAAAGGAGAGUAUGAAUUUGAUACACCGUACUGGUAAGCAUUAGAAAAUAGAAUAAUAGAAACGUAAACGCUACAAUUUUUGGAUCAAAAGUUAAAUGUUAUAUACCUUUCCAUGUUCAAAGUUUGCGUUCCUUUGUCAGUGCAGGGCAUGCUAAUCUGUAUUAAAGAAUUAAUACUGAGGGAAAACCAAAUGUAAAGCUGAGAUUAAAUUAAUCUACCGCUCCUUCGAACUUUUCGAAUUUGCACGAACGUAAAAAUAAAUAUUUAUCUAUUUUACCACGAAAAGGGUUUUAAAGGAUCUCGAUCCUAAGCUACCUGUUCCUUGGGCAUUGACUGAUGUGCCUUUUCCGGGGAAUUUGUUCGCCUCGCAUAUUGAAAACAAUUUUCCCAGCUUAGGAACUUUCAAGUAACAGAACAUCUCGACUGAAAAUGGCCAUUAAGAAUUUUCUCACCUCAACUGCAUCAAAAGAGCUAAGGAAUUGCCAUACCAGGAAAUGAUUUUAUUUCACUGUUUCUUCCACGUGCUUGGACUUUUGUUUUACUCCAAGCAUACUUCACGCGUAAAACUCUCAUCACUCGAACCCAGUCCCCAAGACAAAAUAACUAGAUUUGUUUUGGUUGAUGUUUUUUUUUUUUUUUUAAAAAAAACAACAAUCACAACAAUAACAGCAGCUACAAUAAAUAAACGAACACAAGCUGUUAUUAAAUUUUAGUUCAUUUUUUUUGGCUUUCGUGUAUAGUCCAUUAUUUCAUAUUCUUUGCCCUUAAGAGAUCACACCCUUCACUGGAAAGACUAAAUCUAUUUCCGGUUGAGACAAUAAAGAACCGGAAAUAUCUCUGCGUCCGUUGUUGCACCUAGUUCCCUGUCUUGAAUCCAAACUACUACCGGUCCUGGUAUUAUUAUGAUCCUUUUAGGAAUGCCGUCAGAAAUUAAUCUUAUUUUCUGGGAUGUCGCUACACAUGUACCUUUUGAACUAUGCUGAUAAUGUGUCGAUCAUUCUGCUAACGGACUUCUUAUAUCAUUUUAUUUCUCAGGGAUGACAUUUCAGAUUCAGGUAUGAAGUUAAGUUUUUUUUUCUUAGUGCAUCUCUUGUUGUUGCAAAAGACGUUCAAGAUUGGUGGGUGGAUGAGACGACUUUUGUAGUUAACGCCAGUUUAACGCUUUAAAUGUUAAGAGUGAUCAGCAUCAAAUUUCUCCCUAACAACAUCACCCCUGAAUCACACGUUAAGGUCAUGAGAACAAAGGAAAUGAUCACCAACGAAAGAAGCUUUUGAUUGGUAAACAAAUUCUCCUUGACAGCAUCUUAGGAAAUACAUAUAGAACAGUAUGGAGAAUAUGCAUACUGAUGUUAGGGUUUAAAGGGUUAAUGUUUUUUGCUUGAAUUACCUUUCAGCUAAAAAUUUUAUUGAGCGUUUACUACAAAUUGACCCCAAGAAGCGGUUUACAUGCAAGCAGGCUCUAAAUCAUCCUUGGUACGUACAGUUCACCAAUAUUAGGUUUAUUGCAUUUGUUGUUGUUUUUUUAAUAAUAUACGAACACGCCUGGUUGGUAAAUGAAGGCAAGGUAUCGAAAAUACUUAUGUUUACAGAAAAAAGCCUGGUGUUCUUCCGGCAUUUUUCAGGCCUUAUUCUCUAAGCUGCUUAAGUGGCGUUCAUUGCUGAGAAGGUCGCUCUCAUAUUCACGGUGUUCUUUGUUUAACUUGUGACAUGUCGGGUACAACAUGUUUUACCAUAAAUUAUUGGGAUAUUAUUCAAUAUCAGUAUCUGGGCAACUGCCCACCUACCCCUCCCCUAACUCAACAACAGUCAAUUGACAACAAGUCAAGGUUAAUGUUGGGUUAGGGGAGGGGUAGGUGGGCAGUUGCCCAGAUACUGAUAUUGAUCCAAUUAUUGUUAGAGCUGCUAGAAGGCUCAUCUUAUCUAACUGAGAAAUAGAAAAAUAUACAUCGACCGCAUUCGAUGUCUUGUUGCGCAGGAUUACAGCGGGGAUUCCAGAACCCAUGGUGCCCGCUCGUGUAGCCAAUCAGAUCACAGGAUUCGUUUCAUCUUGGUCGUUGUCGGAGCCAGCUCAGCCAUUCGCGCUGACGAAGAGCUAACGCUCGAAACGUCAGCUUUGAUACUCUUUACGGUGGCCAAUUUACAUUACCAACUUGGUUGAUAAAACCAAAUUAUCCAGCUUAGUAAUUUUUCCUCAUAAUUUCUCAUUGUAUUUGAUAGGAUUUCCGGUGGAGAGGCUCUUGAUCGUGACAUCCAUGCAUCAGUUAGUGAACAAAUAAAGAAAAACUUCUACAAGGCUAAGUGGAAGGUAAUCUUCAUGGAUGAAAUCCUUACCAAUAAUGAAACAAACCUGAAUUGAUGCGUGUAUGUAUUAUAUUAAUCUCGUACCCAGAUCCUACCGUUUAACUAUCACUGAACUGUUGCACCCAGAUCUUUCCACCUCUUGGCUGGGAGGUCUGGGUACGAGACUAGUGUUUUAUAUUUCGACGAAGAUUGGAUCCACGUGGGCUGCAAUUGUUUUGAAUCUGUAAAAGGGGAAGGCGAGAGAUUAAAGAAAUUGUUACAUACAUGUCUCAGUUAUCUGCAAAAAGAAGGGGGGGGGGGUGGGGUCACCUCCGAUGGACUGACAUCCCAAGGGGGGAGUGACAAUAUUCCUAGUCAUUUCAUACUCCAGAGAGUGAGAUGGGCUCUUACUGGUUGAGUCGCCUGGCUCCUCAGCUGACCAGUUCACCAACUAUUUUCGUGAUAAUGGCAGUUUCUCUUUAUUCACAGCAAGCGUUUAAUGCCGCAACAGCCAUCAACCGAAUGAAAAACCUUCAACUCGGUGGGGCCGACAAGCCGGCUGUAAACAACAAUGGCGACUGAACCGAAGCAGCUGGUCUGCAGUGAUGGUCUUUUUUAAGUUCUUUCUCACUUCCUGUCGGUAAACAGGCGAAGAAAGGAUCUGGGAACGAGGCUUAUGUAAACCCCUGUAGAUCAGGCGUUUACGAAUUUGUAGAUUAAAAUUUCCAUCUGCUCAUUUCAAAGCAAAUAUAUUGCUUCUUUUUGGUUCCAUAUGGAAUUCAUUUCAGCCGUCGAAGUAUUUGUAAUAAUUCAAAGAAAAGUCGAAUAAGAAAUGCUUGAGUUUAGCGAAAGAAAUAUAUCAAGGGUCACAGUGUAGUUAAUAUUCCUCAUCAACUAUUAUGAAAUAUUUUGUAACCGAUUUGUUCUAUGUUCGAAUUCCGAUAGUGUCAGAUGAAAACUUAAGUGUCUUUGAGACUGGAAAUGCGCAGUUCUGCGCAGUUCAAUCUCUAGGUAAUUUUUUAAGUGCAUGAGCUCCUUCCCCAUGCGCUGGGUCCCCUUGACAACGGUCGAGAACUGAAUCUUGGUAAUUUCUGACAGGAAGUUUUAAACGCUUUGUAAAUCUUUUUGAAGUGCACAAGUGUAGUUACAAGAACUACUGUCAGUUUUGUGGUUAAUGUUAGAAUACCAGCGAUGGAAGUAGGUUCAAAACCAAUCAAAGUUUCUUGUCUUGCGAUCGAACCAGGACUCGAGGAACGAGGAGGAAAGUUUCUUUUAAAGACAUCUCUUUUCCUUUAGCAGCUUGUUUUGAGAGAAAAUUAUAUUUUUCAGCGGAUCACCUGCCGAAUAUUCUGAUGUGCCAAUUGAUACAAAUUUUGUUAGAUUUAUCAUGUCCCAAUUCUGGUCUCGUUUUUUUAGGAGUCUUCCAAAUUUUGAUGCUAGUUUCCGUUUUUAAAUACAUAAAUUACUCGCUGUUCUGAGUGAGACGGUACAUGUGUCAAUGUAAUACAAUGAACUUAUUGAUCUUUGCUAAUAAAAGUAUGCCUUCU